AAGAGAACGACGUCAGCUAAGUGCACAUUGCGCCUGACGUAUCGUAACUCGUUACACUUUUCUGUUCUUUAUUUUAUUUUAUUUUUUAUACAUUUAUACUUUUUUUUCUUUUUGUUUUUUACAUCUACAUCGUCUAGGUCAGAGGAAACACCGAACGACGUAAAAAAAAGAAAAGAAAAAAAAAUCUGUUUCGAGCUUUAAAUCUCUUUUUUUUUCUGAAUGUCCUACUUCCUUCUCUAUGGAUCGAUAUAGCUCCACCUCUACUACCACCACCACCACUACUACUACUACUUCUACGACCAUUGCCGCAAGUACUACACGUAAAUUUUACACCAAGCAAAUGAUAUGAUGGACAACCCAUCGAUCCACGAUCUUCCCCCCCAGCCGGGCGGCCCCAUGCCCCCUCCCGCCUUGGGACGCGCUGCUGCUGCUGCUGCUGCUCCCCCUCAGCCGCAACAGCUCCCUCCCCAGAUGUUCACUACUGCUGCGCAGCUGCUAGACCUCACCGAUAAAAAGCUCUUGGUGUGUCUGCGAGAUGGCCGGAAGCUAAACGGAGUUUUACGAAGCUGGGACCAAUUUGCCAACCUAGUCCUCCAAUCCACAGUCGAGCGCAUAUACGCCACGACGUCCGCGCCCUCGGACCCGCAGCCCAAGGGGUUCUACGCGGACCGGACCCACGGCAUCUUCCUCGUGCGCGGCGAGAACGUGCUCCUGCUCGGGGAGAUCGACCUCGACAAGGAUGACGACCCGCCCCCCGGGUUCGAGAAGGCCGACUUCGCCGUCGUCGAGAAGCUCGCCAAGGAGCGCAAGGCCAUCGAGAAGUCCAAGGAGAAGAAGAAGCUCCAGAAGCUCGCCACCCUCGGCUUCGAGGGCGAAAACUUGGGCGAAAUCAUACUUUAAAGAUGAACUAUGAAAGAAGAGAAGAAAGAGAGAGAGAGAGAGAGAGAAAGAGAGGGAGGUACGGGGGAUUCUUGUUACUAGGCUCACAUCCAGCCGUUCGGGUUACGUUAGAUGGAUGAGCACAAACCCAAAAAGGAAGAGAAGGAGUGGAAAAUAUACGCCACGAAGGAGGCGUGGUAUGUUAGGUACCUAACCAAGAUGGAUCAAGGGACAGAAUAUUGUGAAAUGUCUCCUUCAUCAACCCUAGUACACAGGACUGGUCUGGAAGAAUUGCUAGCAAAUCUCACCAAAGAGAAUCGGGAGCCGCACCCGCACUCGUACUCACACUCCCUCACAUUCCCCUACCUAAAGUUAAUUACUUAAUCGUGGGCUAUGUUGUAUGUAUGUAGAAGGCGUGAAAAAAAAAGUAUUCUUUAUACCUGGGUGAUUUGAGAAGCUCCCAGUUUGACUCGGCUUUGGCUGCCUCUAGUUACCUAGGUACCUAACCUCAUACCCAGCACCUAAUGUUCACCCCUCGAGAGACAUUAUUCUGCACGGCAAUGACUUUUUUGCGUGUUAAUUAAAAGUCCUCGCUUGCUCUAAGAUAUUCUCUUGGUUUAGUAGAUGUGAGCGGCGGGAACGUGGAAUAGGGGUUAACUCACAACAUGCGAUGCCAUCGUGAGUAAGGCAGG